UGGAAAACGUUCCCUGGCCAGAAACAUUCCACGACUUAGUCGUCAUAAAACAUGAAGGGAAAGCUGCCAGGAGACACAAGAAGCGAAAUAAAGAGAGUCGAAGAGGGAGAAGAAAAGACCUCAGAAAACGAGGGCGUCGCGCAGUGUGCAGGGGCGGGGCCAAGGGACCCGAGAAAGAGAUGCUGAAAGUGCCAACACAGUCACGUUAGUCGGUGGCUGCCGGGGGCGGGAGAGAGACACAUGUCUGGCACGUGUGAAUCAGUAGCCUUGUUCUACCUGGAAAGGAAAUUUUGUCAGGUGUGACUACAUGACGAAGAAAAAUGAAGAAGAUUCACCGAAGUUUCGUCGCCUUCACGACCUUUAUCCUGGCUGCCAUCUUUUCGCAGUGCAAAGUAUCAGCCGUCCAGACUACGAUUCGACCCACGAGCUUCACCCACAGCAGGAAGAAUCUGCCCCAGUUCUCUUUCAGGGGCGGCAGCGUCCGGCCCAUCACCCCGACCAAGAACAUUUCCUCCCUCCUGGACAACCUCCUCAAGAACUACGACCAGAAGCUCCGACCUUCUUUCGGAGGUAAACCUACGACGAUUGAGAUUGACAUAGAAGUCCGCAGCAUGAGUCAGAUCUCCGAGAUGGAUAUGACCUACUCCAUGGACUGCUACUUCCGCCAGUCGUGGGUGGACGAGCGCCUGGCCUUCUCCGACCUGGACGAAGCCUUCACCCUGUCUGUGGCUGUGUUGGAGAAGCUGUGGAAGCCCGACACCUUCAUCUAUAACGGAAAGAGGAGCCACGUGCACCUCAUCACGACGCCCAACAAAUUCAUACGACUCUAUCAGAACGGCAGGAUCCUCUACUCGUCGAGGAUGACAAUCAACGCCAUCUGCCCCAUGAAUCUCCAUGAUUUCCCCAUGGACACGCAGCACUGCCCUCUUAGACUUGGUUCAUUCGCUUACACAACGAGGGACGUGCUGUAUAAAUGGAACCGUGCGAGACAGGUGGUGAUUGCGCCGGACCUCAUGUUGUCUCAAUUUGACCUCAUUGCUGCUCCCUCGGGCACGGAGAACACUACCCGGAGAGGAGCUCUGUUCAGGGAAUUCUCCACCCUGAUGGCCAGCUUUUACCUCCAAAGGAACAUGGGCAACUUCUUGAUCCAGGUAUACGGCCCUUGCAUGCUGCUGGUUGUCCUCUCUUGGGUGUCUUUCUGGCUUAACCGCGAGGCCACGUCCGAUCGCAUAUCUCUAGGCAUCACCACUGUCCUUACCAUGACAUUUUUGGGCCUAGAAGCUCGCACCGAUCUGCCAAAGGUGUCAUAUUCAACUGCCCUCGAUCUUUUUGUUUGGCUGUCCUAUGGAUUCAUCUUCGCCACUAUUAUUGAGUUUGCGUUCGUCCACGUGUUCACCAAGGUGGGAUCAGGAGAAGUCUACCUCUCCGAGCCGAGCUCCCUUGUCGGCUCUGACGGCGGAGACAUGGAGUGGGACGAGGAAUCGGAGGUAGGAAUGGCUCUGCCUUUGUAA